GAAUAUUAAUUACUUAAUUAGUAAUUACAUUGUCCGAUAAAUUUAAACUUCUUUCUAAACCACGAACGGACAAAGUCUUACAGAGAAAAAAAUUUUUCCGGAAAAUAUUCUUAUAGAUUUUCCUAUAGAUUUUUUGUCGCUAAAAAUGAAUGUGUAAAUAAAAUUAUUCUAUCACGUCACGUUUGUGAGAAAAUUUAUUCUAAAGAUACUGCAAUUGCAACAUUAUUUUCAGCAUCUGUAAAUCUAUAAGAAACAUCUAUCUAAUUCGAUUCAAAGUAAUUUUUACUAUAAACUACAUAGUAUUAUUUAAAUGUUGUUCUUACAUUCUAUAAAUAUUUUGAGAUAUUCUAGAAUAUUCUUGGAAUGAUAUUUUGAGAUUUUAGGAACAUUUUACGAAUAUUUAAGAAAUAUUUAGCAUUAGCUGGGAAGAUAGCUUGAUGUAAAUAUAGCCGACAUAUUUGAAUUUUUGUCAAUUUGAUUUCAUGUGAAAUAUACAAUUAUCAUUACUAAACACUGACUUCUUGCUCGACUAUCAUUGCUCUUUAUUCACUAUUUUAAUUUUUAUAAUGUUUUUAACCAUUAUAAAAUAUUAUUUAACAAAUAUAACAAAGUUAAGUAAAAUACAGUAAGUCAUUGAUAAUGUUCUUGUUAUGCAAUACCAUGAUAAGUAUCAUUUAUUUACUUUCGAAUUUGUAUAUCUCCAACGAAGCGAUAAAGUAUCAGAACUUUUUUUAUGUCAUUUUAUACGUCUUUUAUACGUCUACAAUAGAUAUCGUGUUGGAGAGGGACGCAAGUUUCUUGUUCGAUAACGAUGUUUGCCUUUCGCAUGAACACUUUUAGAACUGGUUCCAUCAAUGUAAGAUUAACUUCAAUCUUGGUUUAAUUUAUUUAGAAAAUAAUAAAGAGAAGGGAUGCACCGGAAAUCCAGUGCAUAAUCCCUAAUAAAAGGUAAAUUGAACUAAAAUCAAAAUUAAUCCUACAUUGGUGGAAUUGGGCCUUUAUCUGCGUUAAUUACUCCGUUACAAUGAACAUGCGAGCGAACAUACAACAUGAAAUAGCGCGCCGCGCGAGCAGUCGCGCGUGUCCACGUCGUCCACGAUUGCUUCCGUCCAAUCUCUUUUACGUCAUUACUUGGUUGCGACGAUGUAUAGUUACCGCAGUUGAAUCUUAAAAACCGGUUGAGUAAUAGCUUACGUGUCUCUAAUCUUUGUCGCGAUAGUGGAAGUGGACCUCUGGAGUUCAGUGUGUGCUACAAGCUCCUAAGAUUUGGUACGCAAAUCGAUAGACAUGAUGGACAUUAUAGUGGAAUUUACACCAGUUUACGAUGAUGCCACCGUACGAUCGCUCGCGAACGAAUUCUCAAGGCUUAAAGACGAAUGCUACGUGGAUCACGCGGGCACAACUCUGUAUUCGGAUACGCAGAUUAGAAAUGUUAGUGCCAAUUUGCAUGGCUCUCUCUAUACAAAUCCCCAUUCCACUGGGAGUUCGCUGACGCAAGACAUUAUCGAACGUAUGAGAUACCGAGUUUUAAGUCACUUCAACACGAAUCCUGAUGAGUACAGUGUCAUCUUCACUUCGGGUGCCACAGCGAGUUUAAAGAUAAUCGCGGAAGGAUUUCGUUUUACAACGGAUGAAAACAACAAGUUAGCAACGUCCUCACAUUCGGGAAGUUUUGUUUACAUACAGGACAAUCACACUUCGGUUCUCGGGAUGCGGGAUGUAGUCGCGACAAGAGGAGCCGACGUCAUUUGCCUAAAUCAUGAUCAAGCGUUUAAAGUUCUCGGUCAACGUUUAACUACUAUUCAUGAUUCCAACGAAAAACGGAACAGUAAUUCUCUUUUUGUGUAUUCUGCGCAAUGCAAUUUUUCUGGAUUGAAGUAUCCCCUAAAAUGGAUCAGUGAUACGCAUGCUGGGGCGCUUUCUGUUUUUGCUAAAAAACCAUCGACCAGAUGGUACGUUCUACUCGACGCAGCUAGCUUCGCGGCAACGAAUAAAUUGGAUUUGUCUAUUUACAAACCAGAUUUUGUAUGUCUAUCAUUUUAUAAAAUGUUCGGCUAUCCCACCGGUAUUGGCGCUCUGCUGGUUAAAAACAAAAGCUCAGAUGUUCUAGAUAAAAUGUAUUAUGGUGGCGGUACUGUGGAUAUAGCUCUGAGUUUUGAAAGAUUUCAUAGAAAACGUCAAAUAUUGUAUCAAAGAUUUGAAGAUGGAACUGUGCCAUUUCUAUCUAUCGCAUCGUUACAAUAUGGCUUUGAAAUACUUUCGAAACUAACUAUGGAUCAAAUAUCAAAACAUGUUUUUUCACUCGCUAAAACUUUGCAUCAUUCCCUGUUAAUAUUACAUCAUUGUAAUGACAAACCAGUCGUAAAGCUCUACUCUGAUUCUGAUUAUGAGGAUCGCAAAUCGCAAGGUGGCAUUGUUACAUUUAAUGUUAUGCGCUCCAAUGGUGAAUAUGUAGGAUACAUGGAAGUUCUAAAUAUGGCAGCAAUAUUUAAGAUACAUCUAAGGACAGGCUGCUUUUGUAAUCCCGGUGCAUGUCAGAGACAUUUAUCUCUCUCGACUAAAGAUAUUCUUCAAAAUUACGAGGCGGGAUAUACGUGCGGUGGUAUCGCAGAUUUAAUAAAUGGGAAACCAACUGGAGCAGUGAGAAUUUCCUUCGGAUAUAUGUCUACAAUAGAGGAUGUUCAGACAAUCUUACUCAUGAUUACCAAAUGUUUCAUUGACAAACCAUGCAUCAGAAAAUUUCCCGAAUGGUGGAAAGAUCACAAGAUGGGAAUUUUUAAAAAUCAUAUAUAUAAGAAUUUUUACAAUACUAAUAUAGAUUAUUCUGUUUCAUGUAUUAUAAAAAACGAAAAAAAUGUAAAUAAUUUUCAGAAUAAUUUCCAUAAUGAAAAUAAAAAUCUUGAUCAUAAUAUUAGAAAUUUUAUAAAUUUUAAUAAAAUAAAUACGCAAAUAAAUAAAUGUAUCUUACAACGGUUAUUUAUAUAUCCUAUCAAAUCAUGUGGAGCAUAUGAAAUUACAGAUUCAUGGAAUUUAAAUUCAAAAGGUCUAGAAUAUGAUAGAGAGUGGAUGAUAAUGACAUCUUCUGGAACUUGCUUGACGCAAAAACAUUAUACGAAUUUAUGUUUGCUGAAGCCGAUUGUUGUUAAAAAGCAAAAAAUUAUGAAAUUAACAUAUCCAGGAAUGCCAAUGAUCGAAAUUUCUUUAGAAAAUACUUAUGGAAAGUCAAUAAAACAUCCUAUAUGUCAAAGUAGAAUAUGUGAAAGCAGAGUAGAAGGUAUUGAUUGCGGAUCAGAAGUUUCUGAAUGGUUGAGUUUAGCACUUGGCAAACCAAAACUUAGGCUAGUACGACAAAGUCACAGAAGAGAAAAGAAAGGACUAGAUAAGACAGAGUUAUCAUUUUCUAGUCAGGCACAAUAUUUAGCAAUAAACGAAGCAAGUGUGUCAUGGCUCAGUGAUAAGAUAUCUCAUGACUUAGAUUUUAUAAAAGAUACAGCUGUGCAUCGCUUCAGAGGAAACAUUAUUGUGAAAGGCUGUGAAGCUUUUGAUGAAAUGAAAUGGGAACAUAUUCGCAUUGGAAAUAAUAACUUUAAAAUAAAUGGUCCUUGCACAAGAUGUCAAAUGAUAUGCAUUGAUCAAAUAACUGGUGAAAAGACUAUCGAACCAUUGAGAACAUUAGCGGAAAAGUUCCAUGGAAAGUUGAAAUUUGGAAUCUACUUAACUAGAUUGGAGAAUACGCAGGGUAUGCUUAAGAUUGGCGAUCACAUUUACUGUUCCUAAUAAUUUCUAAAUGAUUAUCUGAACUUUACGUAUAAUCCUGAGCAAAUUACAGAAGAAUCUUAUAUUGUUCUAUUAAGUACUUAGUACUGUAGAGGAAGGGAGGGAUUAUGAAAAUAAUCAAUAAAAUACUAUUAUAUUUUAUUGAAAUAACUCAGUAAAUAUUCAUAUAUUAGCUACUUUAAUACAAGGUUGUUAGUCACAAAGAGAUUCCAAUAAAAAAAAAAACUAUAGAAGAAAAAAGAUUAUGGUUAUGGAAUAAGAGGGCAAAAGAAUAUGUGGGCCUCCUUUCCUCUAUCAAUAAAAUGAUUUUUAUUUUAUACCUGAUUUAUAAUAAAAUGUGUUUAUAAUAAUAUACA